CACCAGCACAGGCUGUCCAUCGGCGGCCGCCUCCUGCCAUUACAGCGGUCUGGCCAGCAGGGGGAGCCGCCUCCCGCAUCCGGCAGCAGCAUCACUUCCCCCGGACACACGGGUUCCCUGGCUGUAGCAGCUGUACCUGUGCUGGAGUCUGGACACUCAGUAUCUGCAGGUCUGCUGCCGACAUGCCGCGCUCUGAGACCGGGAUCCCGGUGCUGUGCACAGCCGGCGUCCUUCUCCUGACCCUCGGCCCAUUGCUGGUGUCGGGGGAUGCGGGCCUGAGCCGCGGCUUUGGAGACCACAUCCACUGGAGAACGUUGGAAGAUGGGAAGCGGGAAGCAGCCAGCAGUGGAUUACCGAUUAUGAUGAUCAUCCAUAAAACCUGGUGUGGAGCUUGCAAAUCGCUGAAGCCGAAGUUUGCAGACUGCAAGGAGAUCUCAGAGCUCUCCCAUAACUUUGUCAUGGUGAAUGUGGAGGAUGAGGAGGAGCCAAAGGAUGACGUCUACAGCCCAGAUGGGGGAUACAUACCUAGGAUUGUGUACCUGGAUCCCAGUGGGAAUGUCCACCCAGAGAUAAUCAACGCCAAAGGGAACCCAAGUUACAAGUAUUUCUACAGCUCUGCGGAACAAGUGGUUGAAGGAAUGAAAGAGGCUCAGGAGAAACUCACUGGAAAAUUUGGCACGGAACGUGCUGAAGAUGAGCUAUAACCCGCAAACGUUAACAUCUGAAACAGUUUCCUUGAACUGUAUACACUUCCUCGGAAGCUGCUUCAUCCUUCCCACCUUUAGAGCCUGGAUUGCCACACACUUGGUGCCCACUUCUGUGCAAUUCACUCAAAGGGAAUUAAAAUGGCCAUUUGCCAGUAGACCACCAAAUUUCCAGCGUAACCGUACUCUGACCCCUAUUUUUUCAGUACGCUGUCAGUCCGGUGGUGUUGGGUACAGCUUUAUAAAAAGAGAACUAUUUUUGAGAGAGGAAAGCCUUUCGUAGGUCCACACCUCACACUUUAAAAAAAGAUAUGUAACAAAGUUUGUAAAAUGCCUUUAUAAAAUAUUUACUGCGGUUAGAUUUCUUAACCACUUCUGUGCCCGGUCAGGAGCCACCUCUCAGUGUGCAUAAACACGUUUUCUUUGCCCCAUCAGUGGCUUUAUCAUUUAUUUUUAGCAUAUGUUUUUUAGUGUUUUAACUGUUAAUUGAAUUGAUCAUGCUACUUGUUCUGUGAUGUGCAUCAUUGCUACCAUGUUCUGAGUCACUAUAAGUCAGGAUGCAGCCCUUUAAUGUGGCCCAUAUGUGGACUCUUUGAGAGUAAUUCCACCCUCUUCAUCUUAGGUCAACUUUCUUGUGACUCAGAUGUAAGAGUGGUCUGUCUGGUGCCUUCAAAGCUUAACUAGCUUGCUAUAGGUUAGCUGGUGCUCUGAUCUCCUUAUGAGAUUCACUGCUAUACUGUUUAACAUGACACUAAACUACAAGUCCCAGCAAUGCGUCUAAAACAGGGUAUAACCUUCCUUCUCCAAUCAUUGUAUAUCAGCGGGCCACCGCUUGCUGGCAGCAACACUACCUCCUGAUACCGUUGAGGGUUUAGACAUAAUAAAGGUAGCUGUCCAAUUACUUUAUCCAGCGUUACCCAAACCUAUUGCGCAGUUCAUGUUUUCCAUGUCUCCUUGUUGGAGCACCGGUGUAGUCAUAACUGACGGAUACACUUUAAAAAGAUCCACUAGUGGCACUAAUUAUAUCAGUUGUGAUUGUGUGAGGAGACCUGAUGCAAAAGAUAGGUGUAUAUGCUUGAUAUAAACAUCAGGCUUCUAAUAACCAUAUUAAUGUAUUUAUUGACUAAAUAGAAAACAAUAAUUUACUGAUAAAUAGCAUAUAUUCACUGCUAAUAAAUAUUCAAUAAUGCUGCAUUCAGAUCGCAAAUGCCGGAUCCUACCCGGUAAGAGAAACGUGUCCUUACCGGGUGGGAUCCGGCAUUUGCGCUCCUCUGCUGGCUUUCCAACCCGAGAAUAUACCGGGUCGGUUGCCAUAGCAGCGGGGGGCGCAGCAGGGGCGGGGAUGGAGGCGGUGCUGGGAGAUGAGCUCAUCUCCUGCGCCGCCUCUCCCUAUGCUGUGAAUGGGAGCCGUGUCGCAUCGGAACAGCUCCCAUUCACACUGCACCUGACCCGGUAUUCAACCCGGUAAUAACCCUUCUUUUUUUCCGGGUUGAAUUACCAGGUCAGGCGACCCGCUAAUUCUGCAAAGGACCUUUCACAUCGCACACUGACCCGUUUCGACACGGCAAUAAAUGAAAGCUUCGGAUAGUUUGCUGCACUCACACUGUCCCUGAUAGACAGAUACAGUGCUAUGGCACCCGAGGCUUUGUUCCUGUAUAUCCUACCGUGAGGCGAUGGACAGCAGGUGAUUGCUGCAUAUCUAUGGGCCCUACUACCGCAAUCAAUAGUCAGCUAAUCUGUGAGGAGACCUGGAAAACAUGCACUGCUAGGUAUACCCAAAGGACUAGAGUUUAAAGACACUGACUUGGCUCCUAUUUUCUCAUAGUCCGCAAUCUAUAGUUUGCCACUAACAGGAUCUGUAUUCAACUGCCAUUGCUAAUAGGUACAUUAUAGUAUUAAAUUGACAACUGGGUUCCUCCCCAAGCGUGUAUUGUUAUUUCUUUAAUUACCACUGCAAGCAGUAUUGCCAAAUUAGAGGUGAGUUCAUACGGUAAUCUGUGGGACAGCAAUGGUUAAGGCACCAUUGUCCUUGGAAUCCUGAAGAGAUGAUGUUUUGCAUAUUUUGCUAAUCAGGGUCCUGGCCGACGAGCCAUUCCUUUCAUUGCCUGGAAAUAACAUUUGCAGUACUUUCUCUCUACCUGUAGGUGGCAGUGUAAGCUUGUCUCAUUGCUGUACAGCACUUCACCUGUCUCAAACUCAUUUAUAUUCUGUUGAUCCCAUUUGUUCUUUACUGCUCUUAAACUAAAACUAUAACCUGCAUACAAUGGAGACAUCUCUUAUGGGCCUAACCGGUAUUUAGCCUUCUCAGUGGGGAUCAGUGACAAAUCGUAGAGGGACUGUCUGCUGUAUAUUCAUGAAGUAAUGGUAACUAGUGGCAUCCCCUCAGCUUUGCACCAUUGGCAGCAUCCCCAAUCAUCCUGUACUUGUCGCGGCCCUGGCUCACAUCACUCUAGGAACCGGUCCAAUUCAAUUGAUUCAUUCCACGUAUAAGUCGUCGUGAUUGUUGUCCCUCAACUUCUGUGUUAUCACAGUAUAUAUGCUUUGUACUAUUGUUCCAAGCAAUGGCUAGUUAAUUGCCCGGGACCGUAAUUACUUCAGCAAUAAUAUGAAUACUGACUCAUUGUAAGACUCGAGAAUUAUUCAGUUUGAUUAUACGUCUUUCCCUUUGAUUUGUUCUGGCCAGUGUAAGAGCAGUGUUGGCGUUAUAUCACUGACAAUGGUGUAGAGACACAGGUAUUUAGCGUGGUAGUGGCGUUACCUUUUUAAAUAGUCUUGACUUGAAAUUCAACAGGAAAUAUAUUUUUUACAUUUAUAAUAAAUAUUCUAUUAAUAUUCUUGUAUUCAAUAAAUGCCAAGAACUAGUACAUAUUGUAAACCAUGCAAGUGUUCCUAGCAGGUGUUUUAUGUUGCAGGUACUGCGCUCUGGGAUACAUGCACUUUGCACGAGGAGGCGGCCAUUUUGUGUGCUCAGCUGUUAUACACCACAAUGCGACCUAUCCAUUUAUUGUAACUGAGAUAUUGACACAGGGCCUAUCGAUGAAGUAUUAGGCUGCUGUCUCUCAACAUGUCCACUUCCGUUGCAUGUGGGCAACAAACACUUUAGAAACGUGUAUUUUAAAUACAUUUCUAGCUCAGUUCAGACGUUCCAAUGUGUGUCCCUUUGCAGAUCUUCUAAAAUUUUAAUUCCAAAACAGAAUUCAAAGUAUUUGAAUUACAUGGGAUCUUAUUAGUUUGGUGUGCAAGACAUUGGGCUAUGUUUUCCCAAAAGUUUUCCUCCGUUCAAAAGAAGUUGCUAUGUAACUCAAUUAUUGCUUUCAUCUUUUAGCUUAAAUUGUACUAUAAAUUUUAUAGAAUUUGGGUGUUUUUUUUGCAUGGUUAUGAAUGCCUCUCAUUAUUGGGGGGUUAUUUUGUGUUACUGUAAUUGGUUCUCUGCCUUUUUUCCCUAGUAUUGUUUCACAGUCAAUGCCUGAUGCUACAAGAAGAAAAAUGUACCUCAUAGAAGUCGGAUAUUUUUGUUUUUUAAAAUGUUCUGUAACACACAUUACGGUAUAUAAAAUAUAUGUGUGUGUGUGUAUAUAUAUAUAUAUAUAUAUAUAUAUAUAUAUAUAUAUAUACACACACACACAAAUUAUAUGUACAUAGAAUGUCAGAUGGGGAUGCACCAAAUCUUCAAUUACUUUUGGGGUUUGCGCAAUCCUGACUUUAACAUGAUUUCACAAAUAAAAUACCAGUGUGUUAUACUUUUUAUGGAGGAGGGGGUUGUAUUUGGGUUGUGAUGACGUGAUUCACUGCAUCGCAAAAUCAAGGUCCCGGGAAGCUGGUCUACUCUCUCUGUAGUCCAGGAGUGUAGUUUGUCAGUGACUUAUAUAAAUGCAAUUGAAGUGGGAAAACAUUUUCUCCAUAAAUAGUACAUUUUGCAAUUUUAUUGGAAUUCAAGGAAAUGUAAUAAAAUCUAAUGGUUAUAAAUUA